AUGGAGGAGCAGCUGGACUGGCCAGCCUAUGGCGAGAACCUGACGGGCGACUGUGAGUACGAGGAAUGGAGCCCGUCCCUGGUGCUCCUCCCCACCAUCUAUCUGCUGGUUUUCCUGCUGGGCACCAUAGGCAACGGCUUGGUGCUGUGGACCAUCUUCCGGGGAGGGCAGGAGAAGCGGCGCUCGGCCGACACCUUCAUUGCCAACCUGGCCAUGGCUGACCUGACCUUUGUAGUGACCCUGCCACUUUGGGCUGCCUACGCCUGGCUGGGAUACCACUGGCCCUUCGGCUCCUUCACAUGUAAGCUCAGCAGCUACCUGAUCUUUGUCAACAUGCACGCCAGCGUCUUCUGCCUGAUGGGCCUCAGCAUUGAUCGCUACUUGGCCAUCGUGCGGCCCAUGGCUAAUGCCAAGCUGAGGUGGAGGGCCAGUGGGCUGGUGGCCACCAUUGUCCUCUGGGCCUUGGCGGCCAUUUUGGCCUUGCCAGCCAUGAUCCUCCGGCAGGCAGCGGUGCUAUUGGGAGAAACCAAGGUGACAUGCUAUAUGGACUACUCAGGCAUGGUGGCCAAUGGGACUGAGGGGGCAUGGGAGGUGGGGCUGGGCCUGUCCUCCACCAUGCUGGGCUUCGUGGUCCCCUUUGUCGUCAUGCUGACCUGCUACUUCUUCAUCGCCCGCACCAUCGCCGACCACUUCCGGAAGGAGCGCGGCGAGGAGCUGAGGAAGAGGAAGCGACUGCUGAGCAUCAUCAUCGUGCUGGUGGCCACCUUUGCCUUCUGUUGGCUACCCUACCACCUGGUGAAGACCAUCUACGUGCUGAUGGACCUGGAGGUGAUGCCCUGGUCCUGCGGCUUCCAUGCCUUCCUCAAUAACUUGCACCCCUACUGCACCUGUGUGGCCUACAUCAACAGCUGCCUCAACCCCUUCCUCUAUGCCUUCUUUGACCCUCGCUUCCGGCAGGCCUGUGCCGCUGUCCUGUGCUGCAGCAGGGGGCGCUGGCCGGGGUCCAGCAAGGACAAGUCAGCCAGCUACUCCUCCAGCCACAGUCAGAACCUGCAGGGAAAGGGUGGGGAGCUGCCACAGGAGAAACUGGGUCCAGGCAGGCAGGAAACUCUGCUCCGAGGCUAA